UUCACGCCAAGCCGCGCCACCACUCACUGCACCGCAAGUCAGAACGUCAACAUAAAUUUGUACUUUUGUGUACAAACCGCGUUCGUACACACGUGGUACACAAAGAUCCUAGAGUAAAAAAUGGCGACUCAUCUGACAAAGUUAGUCCGCAUCGCCGGUGGUUUCACUGGUUUAAAUUCAAAGAUUUUAAACACCAGGCGGUUGCUGGUUCCUGUCUCUCGAAAUUUCAGCUCCCCUGCAGAUGACCUGAAAGUCAGCUACCUUGAUGAUGGAGGAAUUGUUGUACUUGGAAUGAACAGACCUGCAAACAAAAAUGCAAUCAGCAGAAAUCUUUUAAAUCUGUUUGAAGAUGCAGUUGCCAAAGUCAGGUUUGAUAAUAAUGUGAGAGUACUCAUUAUAAGGAGUGAGGCCCCUGGAAUAUUCUGUGCAGGAGCCGAUUUGAAGGAGAGAAUACAGAUGACCCAGGAGGAAGUUGGGCCUUUUGUUGCCAAAUUACGGCAGGCAAUCCUUUCCUUUGGGGACCUUCCAAUGCCAACCAUAGUGGCCCUGGAUGGCGUUGCCGUGGGCGGUGGCCUAGAGAUGGCCCUGUCAUGUGACCUUAGGGUUGCUGCUUCGUCUGCUAAGAUGGGUCUAGUCGAAGCCAAACUUGCCAUCAUCCCAGGUGGAGGUGGAACUCAGAGGUUACCCCGGCUAGUGGGCCCAUCCAUUGCCAAGGAACUCAUGUUCACUGGGAGGGUUCUAGACGGAGAGGAGGCAGCACGCAUCGGACUGGUCAACCACUGCGUUGAGCAAGACGAUAGCCAGGAAGCCGCGUACAAGCGAGCCUUGGAGCUUGCUAGAGAGAUUGCAACUCAGGGUCCCAUUGCUCUGAGAAUGGUCAAGAAAGCAGUAGACAAGGGUGUAGAGGUGGAUUUGGCAUCUGGACUUGCAUUUGAAGAGGCAUACUAUGCUCAGGUGAUUCCAACCAAAGAUCGUAUGGAAGGCUUGAUGGCAUUCAAGGAGAAGAGGAAGCCAAAUUUUAAAGGAGAAUAAUUCAUUUGACAUGCGAAAGCUACCCCAUUGGCAUGGCGAUUAGCGACGACCAGGGUAUCGGUCACAAGAAGAAUGAUUGAUUCUUGCAAACGUCAUCUCAAUUCUCUGCUCUGGGCCUGUGGCCAGUUUCUAGAAACGGUUGCAAGUCUAAAGUUCAUGGACAUCUCAUAAAAAAACAAUUUAAACACCCGUUUCUGUUGGUUGUCCACAAACUUCGACAUGUGAUGAAUUUGAGAAACUGGCUUCUGACAACUAUGGAUGGAUCAGGGUUUUUUUGAUAAAUAUUUAUCUAAAGUCAGAUGCCAUCAUAUUGCCAUUCUGAUGAGAUCAAAGUAUUCAGAAUGAUUCGUCCGAUAUCUUGACGCUAUUCCAUUGUCAUGGCGUCGGG